CUAGCUGGUACAAAUCAGAAGCGCUUCCUCAAUUUGGUCUACAGUUCAGUGUACUCCUAACCAGCGACUAUGACUUUUUUGGACACCCUGCGCCAGUGGGACGAGGCUGUAACUUGUGUUGACAGACAGGAUUUGACAGAGGCACUCAGGAUUUUCGUGGCUAUCAAAGAACCAAACUCCAAAAUUUGUUUUGACAUUGGCUGUCUUUAUCUUCUUAACAAAGACCUGGAUGCUGCUGAAAAGGCGUUUGAUUGCAGCAUACGCAAGGAUGAGCAUCUGGCCGUUGCCUUCUUUCAAAGAGGAAUGACAUUUUACAAGAAGGAGAGGUAUGAGGAGAGUUUAUCUGACUUCCAGCAUGCCUUCAAAGCACUAAGAGGCAACCAGCUGAUAGAUUACAAAGCACUUGGCCUCAGAUACAAAUUAUAUGCAUGUGAGGUUCUCAUCAAUGUGGCUCUGUCUGAGGCUCAGCUGGGUAAAUGGGACAAAGCCCAUGAACACCUUGUGAAGGCUCUCAGCUACAAGACAGAUGCCAAGCUCAAUGUCCUCGACAGAGCUCUGGAUUCCUCCCUGAAACAGAAACUUUUCAAACCAGUUGAGUUCCCAUCAAAAGUGCUAUUUAAACCAAAUAAGCACUAUGUGGCUGAGCUGGAGAAGAAGGACUACCUGGGCAAAGCAAAGAUUGUUGCCUCCGUCAUUCCUCAGGAUGUCUUCUCUGGAUUUGCCCCAUUACAGCCACAGGUUCAAGAUGGUCCAACUUCUCCUAAAGAACCUGAGGUUCUGAGGGCUCUAGCAGGAGAACCCCACACUGUCCUGUUUGGGUUUGUUCCUGAGACCAGUGAUGAGUUGGCUGUAGUGCCGGGCAACAUUGUGUUUGUACUGCAGAAGGGUACCGACAACUGGGCGUCUGUGAUCUUCAAUGGAAGAAGGGGACUUGUUCCUUACAAUUACCUGGAACGUUUGGAGAUCUCCUUGGCUUCUAAACAGAAUGAGGAAAGAUCCGAGCCUCCAAGUCGAGAACCACCGACCAGACCUCAGAGGAAAAAAGGUCCUACUCCUAGUGGUAACAGCGAUGGAGACACCCAACCAAAGGAUGAACAGCCUACCGACAACUCAUGUAUUGUCAAAGUCCGUUUCACGUUCAACUUUGUGGUCUCGGUACCACCUGGGUCUCCCUACGCAAUGCUGAUUGAGAAAAUCAGUAAGAAACUGAAACUCCCGGCUAAGGCAAUCACCUUGAGUUUAACCUCCGAGGUUACGGAAGAAAGUGUAAUCGACGCCAGCACAGAAAUGGAAAGUGUGUGGAGCCGUGCCAGCGGUUUGCACAUCACCUUGUGGUGUAAAGCCUUAGAGCAAACUGAUGGAAAUCCACAGAGCGAGACUCACUUUGUGGCACUUCAUUCCUACGAGUCGCCAAAUCCAGAGGAUCUCAGUUUUAAUCAAGGCGAUAAAAUCACACUACUCUCUAGAGUUAACCAGGAUUGGUUGGAAGGCCAAUGUAAUGGGAAUACUGGUAUAUUUCCUGCAUCCUUUGUGGAAGAAGAUCCUGUCAAUGGCCAGUAAUUCAAAUGGAUAAAUGUGGACAAAAAAGAUGCUAAAGCCAGUAAUACAGUUAAGUGGCCAAAGCUGAGAAGUGGUCAGGUACCAAAACCAUUUUAGAAUCACCUACAUCUGAUUAAUCAGGGCCUACAUAUUUUUCAUAAAUGUAUACAUUUUUAAACAUCUUUCCAUUAAAA